AUGUCUCACUCCCUAGCAAUUCUCACCACUCUAGCACUCCUCCUCAUCACCCACUCCCAGGCAUCCGACCCCGAAACAGUCUCCGACUUCAACGUCCCCAAUGGUGCCGACGAGUCCAAACUCGAUGGCGUCUUCUUCACUUACACAGGUCUCCGAGGUGGAGCCGCAUCCACCUCCUCCACCACCGGUCUUGGCCGUAAAUCCGUGACGGUCCAAGACUUCGCUGCCCUCGAUGGCAUGGGAGUCUCCAUGGAACUCAUGGAGUUCCAACCGGGCUCCGUCAACGUCCCUCACACCCACCCGAGGGGCGCGGAGAUUCUGUUCGUUGUCGAUGGUUCAUUAACUGUCGGCACGACAGAUAGUAAUGGAAAACUUUACAAGAACGUGCUUCAAAAGGGUGAUGUGUUUGUUUUCCCGAAGGGCUUGCCUCAUUACCAAGCGAAUUUCGAUAAGACCAAUAAGGCUGUUGCUGUGGCAGCUUUUGGGAGCUCCAAUGCUGGAACUGUUUCACUUCCCAAGAGCUUGUUUGGAUCGAAUAUUGACAAUGAAGUUCUUACUAAGGCGUUUAAGAUCUCUGCUGAUAAUCUUCAGCAGCUCAGAGCUGGACAGAACUGA